AUGAAUAAUAAAAUAAAAUUUUUUUUAUUUUUUUUUAUUUAUUUUAUUAUUUUUUUAAUAUCAUCCGAUUAUUAUAAGACCAACUUUAAUAAUAACAAUAAUAAUAAUAAUAACUUUGAGGGUGUAUAUUUAAAUAAUAAAAUCAAUAAUUUAAUUAAAAAUGUAAAUAAAUUAAUAGAAAUAGGGAAUUCAAAAUAUGUAUAUGAAGAAAGUAGAAGUUUAGCAAGAGAGUAUAUUAGGGACUAUUUAAUAGAUAAUGGUAUUGGAAAGGACAAUAUAGUUUGGAAUCAUUUUGAAUGGAAUGAAAGAUUCAGCGAAGGUAAAAACAUUACAACUACAACAUGGACUGGUAUUAAUAUUAUUGUUUGGAGUAAUAAUAGCCAAAUAGAAAAUAUCGAGGCAAAUCCCAUUAGAGUCGUAGCAACCAAUUAUGAUACAAAGAACUGGGGUCUAGAUAAAACAAGUGGUGCCCAUGAUAGCCUUUGUGCAACAGCAUUGUUAAUGGAAUUGAUAAUAGAGUUCAAUAAAACACCUGUUUCAAAACAAGUUCCCUAUAUGUUUAUAUUUUUCGAUCAAGAGAAACCAGGAUCUUUGGGAAGCAGAAGCUUUGUAAAUAAUUAUCGUCUAUCAAAAUAUUCAAAACAGUAUUCAUACAUGCUCAAUAUUGACGGUGUUGGUUAUCAUGGAGUCAAACCUAUAGUUCAAACUUUUCCCUACGAACAUCAGAAGAAAACUUUAUUCACUCCACGUUGGCUAGCAAAUGAAAUCGUAUCCUCUGCUUACUCUAUCAACUCAAUUGACGGUAUACAUUUAGGUAGUUCCAAUAUAGGUUUGUCAAUAAUGUAUCAAGCCCACAGAUAUCACUUACCAUCUGUGUCAUAUUUAGGUGACGAGGGUCCUUUCAUUUGGGCUGGAAUUGACUCCAUAUUAAUUACGGAUAUAGAUUACUUUUAUGACCAUCACAAUGAAAAAAUACCAACCCACAAUCAACUAUCAGAUCAAGCAGAUUUAUUGGAUUCAGACCAACUUAUUGAACUAUUUCUAAUAUUAUAUAAAUUUUUAAUUAAUACCUCCUCAUCAACAUCAACAAAAUUAAAUUUUAUCAAUCAUUUUUCAAACAACCCAAUCACAAAUUUAUUUAUUAAACUUUUUGAUAAAAUUACAAUGACAAUAUUUUCAGGAAUUGAUCAAUAUUUAUUUAUUGGUCCCUUACAAUUUGGAUAUUUUCAAUUAUUAUCAAUAAUCUUUUUUUUAUUAAAUUUAAUAUAUCUUACUACAUUUAAAGAAUAUAGAGAUUUAGUUUUUCAGUAUGAAAAAUUUAAAUACCAAAAAAGAAAAAGAAUUUAUAGGUUAAAAAAACAAAAUGAUCAACAGAAACAGUUUGAAUCAAAUAGUGAAAAAGAAGAUGAUGAAAAUAAUAAAGCCAAAAAUGACUUGGAAACAAUCAACACAACCAGCACUACAACUUCAACAUCAUUUUUUAAUUCAGGUCAUAGAAUCUUGUUUAUUCAUAUUUUAUUAUUGGCUAUAGUCUCACUUGGCGAUACUGUAUACUGCUUUGAAAUUUUAUUUCUCAGUUUCCUAUCACUAUUAACCUUAACAUACUACAAAUACAAUAUCAAUUUAAUUACCUCUUUUAUUUCAAGUGCAUUCUGUUCAAAUUUUAUUUAUAAAGAUAUAUCACAAACUUAUUCACUGGGUAGAAAAACAGGCAAUAGUUCUCAGGAAUUAUAUUUAAAUUUAUCAUUGGGUAUUUAUAUUGCACACACAAUUUUAAUUUUAAUCUAUGGUUAUGAUUAUGGUAAAAAAAAAUUAGAAAUAAACAAAUAUGAAAUAAACUAA